AUGCACCUCGUGGGAUUGAUGGUGCCGAAAGGAAAAAAAAAACAACUUUGGGGUGCGUGUGCGCAUGAGACGAAGAAAGUCGAGGAAUUGAUGGAACAUUGGAGAUACGAUACCGAUGAAUCAGAAAUGAGCGACCCGAUCCAUGAUUAUUCUGGAACUUCCAAAUUCGGUGAUGAUUUCAGACCAAAUAUCGGAUGUCAACAUGAUGUUCGCCGCAAGCCAAACCCACAACGCAAUCGACGAAAUUCACUUGACCAAAUCUGCGGAAUGUGUCGUAAUAUAAACACGAACAUCCUUCCUUAUCUCCCAGAAUCUAUCUCCCUGUGCGAAUCACGUGCCCGAUUACUAGAUCAAGAUGUUUUCUGCACGUCGGUCACCAUCAUGUUACACCCUUUCUACAACACUAACCGUUUACGCUCGAUUGGGAUAAAUCGGGACGAUACGCUAGUGCACAGUAGCACUAGCGCUAUAGGACCGUCGAAAACAGAAAUGGGAAAAUGUAAGUCAAGAGUGAAUCAGGAAUCUCAUCAAGUUUUUAAUAACGUCAAUACAUAA